AUGUUCUCCUCGGCGCUCAAGUCGAUAUCAUCGACAAAUAUCACUGCGAACUACUCCAUCUCUUCCACCCAGACGUCCACCGCCGGCCCCUGGAAGAUUUACGACUGCAAGAAGAAGUCGACCGGGAAGCCCUACAGCGUAUUCGUCUUCGACAAGAAAGGCCUCGACAGUCAUGGCAAUAGCUUGGGCCGUUCCGGCGCGUCGGCUUUCAAGCGGGCGACGGAAGAGGUCGUAGAGAGGCUGAAGAAGGAGGCAUCAAGCUUGGCUAAGCUGCGCCACCCGAGCAUCCUCGAGCUCGUUGAGCCCGUGGAGGAGACGAGGGGUGGCGGGCUGCAAUUCGUCACGGAAGCUGUCACGGCUUCGCUGGCGAGCUUGUUGCAAGACAAGGACGACCAGGAGCGAAGUGGUGGGGUAGGCGGUCGGUCGAGUCGAUAUGUCACGGAAGACUCGGACGGCGUGCGCCGCCGGCGCGAAUUGGAGAUUGACGAAUUGGAAAUACAGAAGGGACUGCUCCAGAUCAGCAAAGCUCUGGAGUUCCUGCAUGAGAAUGCGGGCUUAGUCCAUGGAAACCUUACUCCAGAUGCGAUUCUUGUGAAUUCCAAGUCGGAUUGGAAAAUCAGCGGUUUGGCCUUCUGCGGCCCUUCCGAGGGGUCAAAUAAGCCGACAUCAUUCCAACCCAUCAGCCUCUCGGAGAUACUCAACCCGGACCCUCGACUGCCUCGCUUUGUGCAGUUGAACCUCGACUACACUUCUCCUGAUUUCGUUCUUGAUAACAACUUUACAACUUUUGCCGAUAUGUUCUCGUUGGGUCUUCUGGCUGUGUCUCUUUAUAACUCACCACACAAGUCACCCAUCGAAGCCCAUGGCAGUCUGUCUACUUAUAAGAGGACAUUUACCUCCUCAUCAACGGUUCCAUCUACUUCGAACCAGUUCUUAUCAUCUCGGCCGUUACCAAAAGAGUUGUCAACUCACGUCCUGCCACGCCUUAUCACCCGUCGGCCGGCUCAACGGUUGACAGCCAGGGAAUUUCAAGAGAGCGAAUACUUCAACAACGUGCUUGUGUCCACAAUUCGCUUCCUCGAUGCCUUCCCGGCAAAGACACCCAAUGAAAAGGCUCAGUUCAUGCGCGGUCUCGUCAAGGUUCUGCCGUCCUUCCCAAAGACGGUCAUGGAGAAGAAGUUAAUGCCAGCACUUCUUGAAGAAAUGAAGGACAAGGAUCUCAUCGCCCUAAUUCUUCAGAAUGUCUUCACCAUCGUCGACUUGCUGCCAUCAGCGAGACGAGUAUUUGCGGAGAAGGUUCGACCAAGCCUCAAGGACACGUUUGCUCCUCCUCCGAAGAAGGACCAAGCACCGGAGAGAGACCCUACCAAAGACGCCGGUUUGAUGGUUGUCCUGGAGCACAUGUCAACUAUCUGCAACAACUGUAACGGCAAGGAGUUUACGGACGACAUAUUACCUGUGGUAUACGCAGCAAUUGAAGCGCCAACUCCCGCUGUUGUUGACGCUGCUCUGAGAGGACUCCCCUCUAUUCUACCAGUCCUUGACUUUAGCACCAUCAAGAAUGAGCUCUUCCCCGUGAUUGCGGCGGUCUUUAGUAAGACCAGCAGUCUUGCCAUCAAGGUGCGGGGUUGCCAAGCUUUCGUUGUGCUAUGCGGCGGAACACCAGAUGGCCAAGAUGACGGUCUUGAUGCCUUCGGUGCGAAGAAGAAGCCCUCUGCAUCAUCGAGCAUGUUGGACAAAUACACCAUGCAAGAGAAAAUUGUCCCCUUGGUCAAGGCCAUCAAGACAAAGGAGCCUGCUGUAAUGAUGGCGGCUCUGAGCGUCUUGCAUGUUGUUGGCGAGGCUGCCGAUGCUGACUUCGUAGCAAUGGACAUUCUCCCCAUUUUGUGGCAUAUGAGUCUUGGGCCUUUGCUUAAUCUAAAGCAAUUCCAGACCUUCAUGGACCUUAUUAAGAAGCUAUCCAGACGAGUUGAGGAUGAGCAAACCAAGAAGCUGCAAGAGCUGUCCGGAACCAACGGCAGCAGCACAGCUGCUCCGAAUGACGACUUCCUGGGCUUCGGCGGCGUGAGCGGAACUGGGUUUGAUCAAUCCAACGGUGGCACAGAUGACGACUUCGAGAGUCUAGUCAAAGGCAAAGCAACACGAACAUCUACGUCGGAAGCCUUCCCUAGCUGGGACGAUGCGCCUGCGCCAGCCAGAGUUACCUCGCCCGUUGGCGGAUCCAGAUCCGCAACUCCGAAUGCUCCGGCGUUCUCAUGGUCAACUCCGAGUCCGACCCAAACAAAUGCGCCCUAUGACUCCGACAUCGACUCAGUUCUCAAAGCCUCUGCAACCAACAGCUCAAACACCAGCACAACCACAAACUCAGACAAGUUCUUCAAUCAACUGGUCUACAGCGGCCACUGCAACUUCCAACCCAUGGUCGUCGUCGUCGGCGGCGUCAACUCCGGGCUUCUCGGCCGGAAAUUCCAUGUCGCCACCUCCGAGCUCCGCUUUUGGCGGAAUUAA